AUGCCUUUCUCGCCACUUGAACUGCUUGAUGAAGACUAUUCAGAGCUUUUUCCAGCAACAGAUAAGAAGAAAAAUGAGAAAAUCAACAAAAAAGAAGUAAAAAACCAUCAACAUAAAGAGAAUGUUCCCCAAAUUCAUAUGACUGACAAACUAUUUUCUGAUAACUGGAGUUAUAAAGAGGGCUCGAAUAAUUCCUCACCGGUUGUUCGAACGACCUCUGAAUAUAGAAACGAACAACUGAGCUCUCCAGAAUCUGAAGCUCCUAAGAUACAACUCGAAUCUCCACAUACGGAUUGGGAACGCAAUUCGACUGAGCGCAUUAUGGAAAACAUAUAUACGCACAAAAAUGAGUCAAAGACGUGUGAAAAUAAUCAAAUAACCGACGAUGAACAUCUGAACGCGGAAUUUUCUGGAACUGGAAGUAAUGGCAAGAAAUUAAGUGAGGAGAAUCGAAAACUAAACAGUAAUUCACAAGGCAAAUUAUUUCAUCAAACAAAUGAAACAAGUGUUGCACCGACAAGUAUGAAUAGUGUGAAAGAUAGUAGUCUCACAUGCAUUGAAAUUACAGAGAGGGGAAAUGAUAACGCAAGACCAUCAGAUGAAAUAGAACCUGUUAUAAAACCUACUAUACGCACUAGAAGACAUAUUCUUAGUUCAAACCUACCAACAACUUGUGAUAUUAUUUUGACUGACCAAAAUGAUCAAUCACUUGUUAAUACAGUGGUAAUUACUUCAAAAGAACAACAAAAUAUAAUUAACAAUAAUAAUAAUACAGAAACCCAUGAUAUAAUUAUAAAAUCAACUUAUCAAUCAAAUGAUAGUAUCAAAUCAUCACCAAGAUUAUCAUCAAUUAAACGAUCAAAUAGUUCAUAUCAUUUAGCUAAUUCAAAAGUAUCUAACAAAUCUACCCAUCAAUUAUAUUCAAAAAAUAAUGAUUGUCCAUUGAAUGCAGUUGUUUUACGUGAUUUAGCUUAUCAAUCAUGGCGAAAUCGGUUAGUUAAAAGUGCACGUAUUGAACAUAUGUCAAAUUUACGUAAUGAAAUUGAUGAAACAAAAAAAGAGAAAGAGAAAUUGGAAAGAGUGAAAUCAAAUGAAAUCUCUUUUCAAGCAUGGAAGCAAAGUAAACAUCAACUUUUAAUCGAUACAAUUAAAAAACGUAAAGCAGAAGAAUUGGCACAGAAAAAGAAGCUUGAAGAAGAACAGGAACGUAAACUGAACUCAGAAAAGGCAUUCAAUGUAUGGAAAGCCCAGAAAGAUGAAUCAAUCAUUAAACAACAUCGUAAUUCUUUAUCUAAACAAAAACGUGAAAAAGAAUCUAAAGAAACAGAACAAAAUGAAAAACAAUAUUUAAGUCAACAAGCAUUUGAAGAUUGGAAAGCCAAAAAAGAUGCUGCAUUAAAACAAAACAUUCAGAGUAAAAGAAAACAUCAAACCGAAAAGGAAAAACAACUAGAAGAAGCUUAUCGUAUUAAAAUGGAACAAGCAGCUGAAGCUUAUCAUCAAUGGGAAUUAAAAAAGGUUGCAUCACUAGAGAAUCUUGUUAUCAGCAUCGACCAUUCAAAUAAAACAAACAGAAGACCAUGGAGGCCUCCAUCGAAGACAAUCUCUCCAAAUUACGCACAUAGAAUGUAUUAA